AUGGAGCCACACAUGGCGCGCCUCAAGGGUGCAGACAACAGAUAUUUCAAUCGUCUUGAUGCCAGGAAGUCUCAAGCGUCGAACGUACCGAGUAUUUCAGUGCGCAGUAUGGGAGAUGAUCCCACAUCACCGACAUCACCUACUCAGCGAGCAACCCGCUGGAGCUGGACAAACUCGGAGGCUCCAUCAACGCCUCGCUUAAACAUCGAGAGGAAAAGGACAUCGAAUGGAUCACUCGUUCCCAACUACAAGCCUGUCGGAUUUGGCAACAACUACCAUUUGAAAUCCAUCCAAGAGGACAGUCUUUCACCUCCUUCACUAAGGUCAAACUCUCCACCUCCACCUCCAUUGCCGAGAUCAAACUCGGUGCCCAGGGGAGGAGUGCCUGGCAAAGCUCAAGAGUUCCUAGAAACCGGCGGUACUGGCUAUCUACCUCCAAGGAUACCACCCAAAGCCAAGUCGGGUACCUGGAAAUCAGUCUUCCGCGGCUGA